AUGAACAGUUGUAUAAAAUUAAUUUUUGCUUUUUACAUUUUUAUUAAAUAUACCCGAUGCCAAGGCGAUCAAAUAAUUAAUGAGAAGCUAACGAAUUUUGUAUUUCUGAGUUGUAAUUAUCAAAAAGGAAAAGUAAAUAAUACAUUAUUAAAUUCAAUAGAGAAAAGGAAACCACAGCUUAUGCUGUGGAUAGGUGAUUAUUUUUAUACAGAUUGUAGUGAAAUAAAAUGUUUAGAUGAUGCUUAUACAUAUAUUAAGAAAGACCCAUUUUAUAUGAAACUAAAAAAGAAAUUUAAAAUUGAUGGUAUAUAUGAUGAUCAUGAUUAUAAUAAAAAUAAUGGUGAUCGAUUAUAUAAAUAUAAAAAAGAAAGUAAAAAAAAAUACUUAGACUAUUUAAAUAUAGAUAAAAAUGAUAUCAGAUAUAAAAGAAAUGGUGCAUAUAUAUCCAAAUUAUAUAUAGAUCCAAAUAAUGAAAAUAAUCAAGUUAAAAUUAUUAUGUUAGAUACCAGAUAUAAUAAAGAUCCAUAUCCUUUCUAUGCCCCAGAUUCAUAUAAAGAUCUAUUUUUUCAUAUGUUUAUUUCAUUUUUGUCACGUUUCCAUUCAUCCAUUUUUGGAUUAUGCUGUAAUAGUAAAAAUGAUAUCUUAGGAAAUGAGCAAUGGAAAUGGUUAGAAAAGGAGUUGACAAAUUCGAAAGCUCGUGCCCACAUAAUUAUAUCCUCUACGCAGAUAUUUUCUAAUCACAUAAUUAAUGAAAAUUGGGGUUUGAUGCCUUACUCUUUGAAACGUUUAAGAGAAUUAAUAAAAAAAACAAAACCAAAAGGUCUUUUAUUUUUAAGUGGGGAUGUUCACUUUGGUAGUAUAAUUGGAAAUGAAGAAAGUGUAAUAGAAGUUACAAGUAGUAGUGUAAAUCAGGAGAACAUUUUUAGUUAUAUAAAUAAAUAUGUUAUAUUUUUUUUAACAAACCUUUUAAGUAAGGUAAGUCCAUUUGAAUUGAAUAAAAUAUAUUCAUUUAAUAAUUUUGGAUCUGUAAAUAUUACAUAUGUAAAUGAUAAUGAAAUAAAAAUUAAGACAUCUGUAAAUGAUUCAGAUGGUGUAGAAAUCUUAGUAGCCAAUCAGGUUUUUAAUAAUAAAAAUAAUAUAUAUACCAAAAGAAAAGAUUUACAUAUUAUUCUUGAUGAAUUUGCAACAUUAGAAUGCAAGAGUAAAACAAAGGUGGUAAUGCAUACAAUAGUAUAUAUAUUAUUUUUAUUAUGGUUUUUACAAAUUUUAUAUAUAUUUCUAAAAGUAAUUGGAUCACUUUUCCGCAGAAAAAAAAUACACACAAAAACAAAGGAUGAAUAA